CACUUCUUUAUUUAGUGCCUUAGUUUCAGGCUGAAGGCUCUCAUGUUAGCCAUCUUCAGCAGCAAUAGUCGUUUAGAGAGCUUUCCAGCCUGUUGCAUCAUUUAAAUAGGUCGCAUGACAAAAUAGUCAUUGGUCUAUUAUUGCUUUGAGUCUUGGAGGACCUCCAAACAAUGCACGUAUCAGUCUAACAUUUAGUGCCAGUGUUAUCUUUUUAUAACUUCUCUGUAAAACAAGUUGCUGAGGAGCUCAUUUAAGUAGUUUGUCCUAAAAUCGAAUGGAUCUUCAAGCCGUUUCUUACGUGUUAAAGCUUUUUAGGAAUACCUGAUGAGAAAAUGUGUAAAACUGGACACCUUUCUGCCCCGCACACAGACAGUCGCCCCAGGAGAGGGUGGAAAAAUGCCAAUUGGUUGUCUCCCUUUCCUGUAACUAAUCUCUAUAACACAUAUUCAUUGGAAGAGUGAUUAUGACACUGCAGGGGUGUGGGUCAGCCGCUCGUAGUGAGCAGACAGAGGUGUGUAUGUGUACUCUGAAGUGGGGGGGCGUGUGCUUUCAUGCAGUGGGUGUCUCCGUAAAAGUUACAGAGCCACAGGGCAUGUGCUCGUGCCCACUUCAGAGAGGUGUGCUACAACUCCUUUGACUUUACUUUUGUCUGUAUCUCAGUUAUUUUAUUCCAAGACUGUUUUUCUUACUUCCUCCAUUCACAUUAACUUAGUGAGAAUUUUUUUCCAUGCAAGUUUUUUUUUUUCUUAGAAUGAACGAGGGAAGGUAGGUGGAGUCGGACGGAGAAGUGUGCUUUCUCUGCUCUCCCCCUCUGACACGCUGCCUCUCUUCCAUUCUGUCAUUGCCAUCUCGGAGGAACAGAGACUUCUCAUUCCCUGCCACCCUAAUUUUAAGAGGAACGGCGAAUGAAACGGAAUAAUCCUCAUCUUCAGAACAGCUGAAGGAUCAUCAAGAAAGAAACAGUAAGAACUUUAGAAAAACUGUUGUAAAGCUGGGUUUGCUCUGGAAAUCAUCUCCACAGUAAUCCUGUUUUGCUUUCGUACCUUUUUUUAUACAUUAAGGGUUUACUGACUUUAAGAACAAUGGUUGCUGGAAUGCUGAUGCCCAUGCGGGACCUUAGGGCCAUUUACGAGGUCCUGUUUCGAGAUGGUGUAAUGGUGGCUAAAAAGGACAAACGGCCUCAGAUCAUGCACCCUGAAGUUCAAGAUGUCCGCAAUCUACAAGUCAUCCGUGCCAUGGGUUCUCUCAAGUCCAGAGGGUAUGUUAAGGAGACCUUUGCUUGGAGACAUUUUUACUGGUACCUGACCAAUGACGGUAUUGUUUACCUGCGUGACUACCUCCACCUGCCCGCCGAGAUCGUUCCAGCCUCUUUGCAAAGGGUUAGAAAGCCAGCUGCCUCUCUCGCCAUUGCCCACCGUGCUACGAGAACCCAAUCUGUUCAGGGCCCAACAUCCUAUGUUCCCAAGCCGGGCCGCAUGGUUGAAACAGAGAGCCAGGUAGCUGAGCGACAAGGCUAUCGCCACAAGACGAUGAGUCCAGAGGAACAAGGGGAUUUCAAUACCCCAAGAUUCAGGGGUCGUCCACCGGCCAGGGAGGCUGUCAGGCCAAAAGCUUUAGGGGACGUCGAGGAGCAGUACCCGUCCCUUCACAGGAGGAGAACCAACUUCAACAAUGAGUUGAUGAUGAAAGAAGAAUCCAAAGUGAGAAGUUCACCGCCUUAUCAAGAACCCCCUAUUAAAAACGAAAUGCCAGUGGCAUCACAGGAAAGCACUGGAUUGAAGAUUCAAGAGGAGCAGAAGCAAAGUUCAGCUGUUGUUCAGAAACAAUUCAUAAAAAUAGAUGUUUCACAGACCACUCUUAAAUCCUCCACUAUGAGCCUAGCAUUACCUGUAGUUGCUGCUGGUGCAGCUGGAGCUGCAGGUGCUGCUGCUUCAAAGACUGCAGUCAAAUCCUUUUCUACAGAAACAAACAAGCAAAACGUGAAGAGUAAAGAGAGAACUUUGGCAGCAGAAGAAAAAGCUGCCAUUAAGCCAAGAGAAGAAGCCACAUGUACUUCCGGACUUCCAUUGCGUCCUAGUAUGGAAGUCAAAGAAGAGCAAACAAAGACUGCACAGAUCUGUGUCACACCUGCAAGGGAGAAUGUCACAGUUACAGAUAAACCAGUUCUCAAAAUGGAAUUUGCUCAGGAAACUUCCAAAGCUCACAUUGAUGCUGUCAGUUCUUCCACCAAACCUAUGAGUGGAGCUGACCAGGAUGGGGACCAUAAGCAAGAAAAGAUGAAAGAGCUAGGUAAUUUAACUCAAACAAAGAUGCAAAAUGAUGAAUUUACUCAGGAAAGCCUCAAAUUUAAACAUCUCAGCUCUGCUAAGAAGAUAGGAUCCAAAGAUGCAGCUGAUAGAACUUCAGAGGUGAUUCAAACCUCAGGAAGCCAAGCACCGCAACCUAAAAUGGACCAAGUGCCUCUGAAAAUGAAAAACACUACUGCGCCCUCCUCAGUUCAAGUCAAAGUUGCACCUGACACUGCAACUGCCUCAGCACCAAAAACUGAAGCUGCACAACCUGUCUCCGUGGAAAUGAAAGCAGCACCAGCUUUUAUCUCUCAACAGGAGAAAUCUGAUGUAAAAGAAGUUUCACAUGCCAAAAGAGAUGAGGCAAUAGUGAGAAAGGAAGUUUCGGUCAUUUCUGGAGGGGACUCUGAAACGAUGCCAGAAAAAUCUCGAUCCACUGAAAAUACCGCUGUGAUUGAAAUAAUUACAGAUAUGGAACAAAUCGGUGAAGGGAGCAAGAAAUCGAAAAGAAAGAAAAAGAAAUCUCCAGGUGAGAUGUCCAAGAAUGUUAAUACUGAGGAGCAAGUUCACUCACAGAUGGAAAAAGAAAAAACUUCUGAAGACAAAACCCUGGAGGCAGGGCCAGAAAAUUCCAUUCAGCCUACCCCAGUUAUUACCACAGAGCUUUCAACUGUGUCCACCCCCAUGAAGACAGUGGAGAAAAACAAGGUUGAGGCUAAAAAAGACAGCAAAAAGGAACAAAUGAAAGAAGAACCAAAACAAUCUGAUGAAAAGUUAAUUGACGACAAAGAAAAAAUUGUAUCAAAAUCGCCGAAAGAUACUCCUGUGGCGCCUCUGCUGGCUGUGGAAAGAAAUGACACAACUAAGGAUAGCAACCCGAUGGAACCACUAUGUCCCAAGGGUGAGCUAAAUGCUGUUUUGCCCCAGAUGGAACCAGUGAAAUCUGAGGAAAUGACUCAGGCCAAUGGAGAAACAAUGACUGUGCAAAACAUAUGUCAAGUGGAACUCGUGCACGCAAGUUCUAAACCUUCAGAGUCUCAGAAAACUGCUGCUCAGACCAAACCCCCAACAAGUGUUUCAGAGGAACCCUCAAAGGGAAAAAAUAAAGGCAAAAAGAAAAAGCAGUCACCAGAGUCAGAAACCACAAGUACAAAGCCUGUCCUUUCGUCUGAUGCCGGACCACGGACAUCCUCUGACAUGACAACACCGCCUGAGGCCAAAGUUAAACACAGCCCUGUCAUGGCCUCUGAACUGACAGAAACUAAAGUCCUCCCAAAGAUGACUCCUGAAGGAAUGUGCAGUGAGGAAGCCAGGCAGGCAGCAGCUGUGCUCUCUGAGGCCCCGGCAGACAAAGGGGAGGUGGAGUCAGCUCAAGUCUUUGCUGAAAAAAUCAAGCGGGAGGUUCCAAAACUACAAACACCCUCCGCUGCGAGGGAAGCACCCGCAGCCAGAGAAUUAACGUCAGCAGCACCAGCACAGGCGGCUGAGGCGCGGACCAGCCCUCUCGUCAGGCAAGAGGAGCCUCCCAGAGUUUCACAACUUUUGUCCAGUCAGGCAGCAGAGUGCAGCACAGAGGAAAGACUCCCUGAUUCGAAAGCCUUGAAGCAGGAGGCAGAGAAGAAGAAGAACAAGAAGAAGAAGAAGAAGGAGGACCCGAGCCCUGAAACCACCACACCCUUAGUCCAGCCUGAUCAACAUCACCUGGGCGACACCUGUGACCCUACUAGAUCUGACACAGACGAGGCGACCAUGAGGAAGAAAAUAGUAGUAGUGGAAGAGAUAGUGGAAGUGAAGCAGCUCAUAAGUCCUGACUCUGCUGGGGGACAGUCACCUCCUGCACCUGUGCAGCUCAAGGAGGAGGAAGAAGAACUAGACCUGGAUGUUCUGGAAGAAAUAGCUUUAGAGCGAGCUCUUUGGGCUGAGGGCGUUGAAACCAAGUUGCAUGGAUCCUCACCGGACGAUGACUGGGACCACUCACUGCAGGAACCGGACCAGAAGACAUUUAACUUUGUUGAAGAUGAACGAGAUCGAGUGCAAAAGAAGACAUUCACAAAAUGGGUUAACAAGCACUUGAUAAAGGGCCAGAAGGUGGAGGCCCAGCGUCACGUGACAGAUCUGUACGAAGACCUUCGAGAUGGACACAACCUGAUCUCGCUGCUGGAGGUCCUCUCUGGAGAAACGCUGCCCAGAGAAAAAGGCCGUAUGCGGUUCCACAAACUGCAGAAUGUUCAGAUAGCACUAGAUUUCCUCAAACACCGACAGGUCAAGCUGGUUAACAUCAGAAAUGAUGACAUAGCAGACGGAAACCCUAAGCUGACCUUGGGGUUAAUAUGGACCAUCAUCCUCCACUUCCAGAUCUCCGACAUCCAGGUGAAUGGGCAGUCAGAGGACAUGUCAGCCAAGGAGAAGCUGCUCUUCUGGUCUCAGCGGAUGACGGAGGGCUACCCGGGAAUCCGCUGCGACAACUUCUCCACCAGCUGGAGGGACGGCAAGCUCUUCAACGCCGUCAUCCACAAGCACUAUCCCAGGCUCAUCGACAUGGGUAAGGUGUACCAGCAGUCCAACCUGGAGAACCUUGAACAGGCUUUCAGUGUGGCUGAGAAGGAUCUGGGAGUGACGCGCCUCCUGGACCCUGAAGAUGUUGACGUUGCACACCCUGAUGAGAAAUCCAUCAUUACUUACGUCUCAUCUCUGUAUGAUGUCAUGCCUCGCGUUGAUGUCCAGGAUGGAGGCAGAGCCAGUGAGCUGGAGCUGCGCUGGCAGGAAUACUACGAGCUGGUGACUAUUUUGCUCCAAUGGAUUCGUCACCAUGCCACGAUCUUUGAGGAAAGAAAGUUCCCUGCCAGCUACGAGGAGAUCGAGCUUCUUUGGCGCCAGUUCCUAAAGUUUAAAGAGACAGAGCUUCCAGUCAAAGAGGCUGACAAGAGCCGCUCCAAACAGAUCUACCAGUCCUUUGAGAGUGCAGUGCAUGCUGGUCAGGUGAAAGUCCCCCCAGGCUACCAUCCCAUUGAUGUGGAGAAAGAGUGGGGUCGUCUUCACGUGGCCAUCCUUGAGCGAGAACGGCUGCUCAGGAUAGAGUUUGAAAGGCUUGAGAGACUCCAAAGAGUUUAUGGUAAAGUCCAAAUGGAGUCAGGCGUCUGUGAUGAUCAACUCAGCCACCUGGAGAGUCUCCUACAAUCGGACAUCCGUCUUCUGAAUGCUGGGAAACCAGCUAAGCACACAGCAGAGGUGGAGAGGGAGCUGGACAAGGCCGAAAACAUGAUUCGCCUGUUAUUCAAUGAUGUGCAGUUUCUCAAAGAUGGGCGCCACCCUCAGGCUGAACAGAUGUAUCGCAGAGUUUACCGCCUUCAUGAGCGCCUGGUGAACUUGCGGAGCGACUACAACCUGCGGCUGAAGCAGUCAACCCUGACUGCCGCCCAAGUCCCACUGACCUCCCAGCAGACGACCAUAAAAGCGCGCCCUGAGGUCGACGAUGUGACCCUGCGCUAUGUUCAGGACCUGCUGGCGUGGGUGGAGGAAAACCAGCGGCGCAUCGACUCUGCAGAGUGGGGAUCCGAUCUGCCCUCUGUGGAGUCACAACUGGGCAGCCACAGAGGUCUGCAUCAGACCGUGGAGGACUUUAAGUCCAAGAUUGAACGCGCCAAGUCUGAUGAGAGUCAGUUAUCUCCUGUGAGUAAAGGAUCAUACAGAGAGUACCUGGGAAAACUGGACCUUCAGUAUGGCAAACUACUGAACUCCUCCAAGUCUCGCUUGAGGAACCUGGAUUCACUCCACGCCUUCGUCUCUGCUGCCACAAAGGAACUGAUGUGGCUGAAUGACAAAGAAGAAGAAGAAGUCAACUUUGACUGGAGUGACAGGAACACCAACAUGACGGCUAAGAAAGACAAUUAUUCAGGUCUCAUGCGAGAGCUGGAGCUUAGGGAGAAGAAGGUCAACGACAUCCAGGCUUUGGGAGACAAGCUUGUCAAAGACGGACAUCCUGGCAAGAAAACAGUGGAGGCGUUUACAGCUGCACUGCAGACUCAGUGGAGCUGGAUCCUGCAGCUUUGCUGCUGCAUAGAAGGUCAUCUUAAAGAGAACACGGCCUACUAUCAGUUCUUUGGCGAUGUGAAAGAGGCGCAGGAGAAGAUGAACAAAAUGCAGGAGAACAUGAGAAAGAAAUACAGCUGUGAUCGCUCUACAACAGCCACACGCUUAGAGGACCUGCUGCAGGACGCCGUGGAGGAAAGGGAGCAACUCAACGAAUUCAAGACUCUGAUUACAGCCUUGAACAAGAGAGGCAGAUCCAUCAUUCAGCUGAAGCCCCGCAACCCCACCACCUCCAUCAAAGGCAAAAUGCCCAUUCAGGCUGUCUGUGACUUCAAGCAGCAGGAGAUCACCGUCCAUAAAGGGGAUGAGUGCGCUCUCCUGAACAACUCUCAGCCCUUCAAGUGGAAGGUCUUGAAUCGCUCCGGACACGAGGCGGUGGUUCCUUCUGUUUGCUUCAUUGUCCCUCCAGUCAACAAGGAGGCUCUGGACAGUGUGUCGAGUCUGGAUUCCAACCAUCAGCAGAUGUUGACCAUGUGGCAGAUGUUCCACGUAAACAUGAAGAGUCUGCUGUCAUGGCAGUACCUGAUGAAAGACUUCACACAGAUACGCUCUUGGAACACUACUACGUUGAAGACCAUGAAACCAGAGGAAUACCGACAGGUCAUGAGGAACUUGGAGCUCCACUACCAGGACUUCAUGCGCGACAGCCAGGACUGCCAGCAGUUUGGUCCGGAUGACCGCAUGCAGAUCGAAGGGGAAUACAACAAGUGCGUGAAGCACUUUGAUGACCUGAUUCACUCCAUGGAGAAGGGGCAAAUAGUUAAGCUUAGAGGCCAACAAGAUGAGACUCUGUGUAAAAACUACAUCUCUGAGGUCAAAGAUCUGCGUCUGCGCAUCGAGAACUGCGAGACUCAGACCGUGUCUCGCAUUCGCAAACCCCUGGAGAAAGAGCCUCUGAAAGAAUGUGACCAGAAGUCCAGGGAUCAGAAGAGAGUGCAGAACGAGCUUGAAGGCCUUAAGAAGGACCUGGAUAAGGUGUCUGUGAAAACGACUCAGGUCCUGAACUCGCCCCAGCAGCCGGCCUCCGCUCCUCUGCUGCGCUCAGAGCUCGAGCUCACCGUGCAGAAAAUGGACCAGACCUACAUGCUGUCCUCUGUUUAUCUGGAGAAGCUGAAGACAGUGGAGAUGGUCAUUCGUAACACGCAGGGCGCUGAGGGCGUGCUGAAGCGCUACGAGAACGCUCUGCGGGAGGUUCACACUGUUCCUGGUGACAUCAAGGAAGUGGAGAGCUACAGAACUAAACUUAAGAAAAUGCGCGCAGAGGCAGAGGGUGAGCAGCCCAUCUUCGACUCCUUGGAAGCGGAAGUGAAGAAAGCCUCGGCUGUGAGCGACAAGAUGUCCCGCGUGCACAGUGAGCACGAUGCCGAGCUGGACCACUACCGCCAGCUGAUGACCAGCCUCCAGGAGCGCUGGAAGGCUGUGUUCACCCAGAUGGACCUCCGCCAGAGAGAGCUGGAGCAGCUGGGCCGCCAGCUGGGUUACUAUCGCGAGAGCUACGACUGGCUGAUCCGCUGGAUCGGUGACGCCAAGCAGAGGCAGGAGAAGAUCCAGGCCGUGCCCAUCACCAACAGCAAAGCUCUGAAAGAUCAGCUCGCUCAGGAGAAGAAACUUCUAGAGGAGAUUGAACAGAACAAAGACAAAGUUGAUGAGUGUGAAAAGUAUGCCAAAGCAUACAUUGACACAAUCAAGGACUAUGAGCUGCAGCUGGUUGCAUACAAAGCUCAGGUGGAACCACUCGCCUCUCCAGUAAAGAAAACCAAAAUGGAUUCUGCUUCAGACACCAUCAUUCAGGAGUAUGUCACUCUGAGGACUCGAUACAGCGAGCUGAUGACUCUCACGAGUCAGUACAUCAAGUUCAUCACUGAGACGCAGCGCCGCCUGGAGGACGAGGAGAAAGCUGCACAGAAACUCAAAGCGGAAGAGCAAAAAAAGAUGGCGGACAUGCAGGCUGAGUUAGAAAAACAAAAGCAGUUAGCUGAAGCUCACGCAAAGGCCAUCGCUAAGGCUGAGAAAGAGGCUCAAGAGCUGCUGCUCAAAAUGCAGGAGGAAGUAAGCAGGAGGGAAACCGCCACUGUAGACGCAGAGAAGCAGAAGAGCAACGUGGAGCUGGAGCUGCACGAACUCAGAAACCUCUCCGAGCAGCAGAUCAAGGACAAAAGCCAACAGGUGGACGAGGCUUUAAAGAGCCGUGCCAAAAUCGAGGAUGAAAUCCACCUCAUCAGGAUCCAGCUUGAGACAACUUUGAAACAAAAGUCCACGGCGGAAUCUGAGCUCCAGCAACUCCGCAAUCGAGCGGAGGAAGCAGAGAGACUCAGGAAAGCCGCCCAGGAGGAAGCGGAGAAGCUCCGGUGGCAAGUUCACGAAGAGUCGCAGAAGAAGCACCUUGCGGAAAAGGAGCUCAAACAGAAAUCGGAGGCAGAGAAGGAAGCUGCUCGGCAAAAGCAAAAAGCUCUUGAAGACCUGGAGAACCUCAAGAGACAAGCUGAGGAGGCAGAGAGGAGAGUCAAACAGGCGGAGGUGGAAAAGGAAAAACAGAUCAUGGUGGCUCACGAAGCAGCUCAGAAGAGCGCAGCUGCCGAGUUGCAGAGCAAACACAUCUCAUUUGUGGAAAAGACCUCAAAGUUGGAGGAAUCACUCAAGCAGGAGCACGGCACCGUCCUCCAGCUGCAGCAACAAGCGGCACAUCUCAAGAAACAACAGGAGGACGCGGAAAACGCCAGAGAAGACGCAGAGAAGGAGCUGGAGAAGUGGAGGCAGAAGGCCAACGAGGCUCUUCGCCUGAGACUCCAAGCGGAGGAAGAAGCACACAAAAAGAGCCUUGCUCAAGAAGAAGCCGAAAAACAGAAGGAGGAGGCAGAGCGAGAAGCUAAGAAGAGAGCCAAAGCUGAGGAGUCGGCCUUGAAGCAGAAGGAAAUGGCUGAGAGGGAGCUGGAGAGGCAGCGGAAGCUGGCUGACAGCACAUCCCAGCAGAAGCUGACAGCAGAGCAGGAGCUCAUCCGUCUCCGGGCCGACUUUGACAACGCCGAGCAGCAGCGGUGUCUCCUCGAAGAUGAACUCUACCGCCUGAAGAAUGAAGUCGCUGCAGCCCAGCAACAGAGAAAACAGCUAGAAGACGAGCUGACCAAAGUCAGGAGUGAAAUGGAUUUGCUCAUCCAGCUGAAGGCAACUGCAGACAAGGAGUCCAUGUCCAACACCGAGAAGAGCAAGCAGCUGCUGGAAGCUGAAGCUGCCAAAAUGAGGGACCUGGCCGAAGAGGCCAGCAAGCUGAGAGCCAUCGCUGAGGACGCCAAGCAUCAGCGGCAAAUGGCGGAGGAAGAAGCAGCUCGCCAGAGAGCUGAGGCCGAGAGGAUCCUCAAAGAAAAGCUUGCCGCCAUCAGUGAAGCCACUCGACUAAAAACAGAAGCUGAGAUUGCCCUGAAAGAGAAGGAGGCAGAAAACGAGAGACUCCGCCGGCAAGCAGAGGAUGAGGCUUACCAGAGGAAAGCCCUGGAGGACCAAGCUAACCAACACAAGCAGGACAUCGAGGCAAGGAUAGUUCAGCUCAAAAAGUCCUCUGAGGUCGAAAUGGAAAGACAAAGAGCGUUAGUAGACGAAACGCUGAAGCAAAGACGGGCUGUGGAAGAGGAAAUCCGAAUUCUCAAGCUCAACUUUGAAAAGGCCUCAUCUGGAAAGCUUGAUCUGGAGCUGGAGCUGAAUAAGCUGAAAAACAUUGCCGAAGAAACCCAGCAAAGCAAGCUGAGAGCAGAAGAGGAAGCUGAGAAGUUGAGGAAGCUUGCCCUGGAGGAGGAGAAGAGACGGAGGGAUGCUGAGGAAAAAGUCAAGAAGAUUGCUGCCGCAGAAGAGGAGGCUGCCAGACAGCGCAAAUCGGCCCAGGAGGAGCUGGAGCGGCUGAAAAAGAGAGCAGAAGAAGCCAAACUGCAGAAAGAAGAGGCUGACAAAGAAGCCGAGAAGCAGAUCGUUGCAGCCCAGCAGGCAGCUCUGAAGUGCAACGCAGCUGAGGAACAAGUACAGAGCGUCCUUGCUCAACAAAAGGAGGACAGCAUCACGCAGAAGAAGCUGAAAGAAGAGUACGAGAAAGCAAAAAAGCUGGCCAUCGAGGCGGAGAAUGCGAAGCAGAAAGCCGAACGAGAGGCGGCUCUCCUUCGUCAACAAGCGGAGGACGCAGAGCGGCAGAAAGCUGCCGCCGAGCAAGAAGCUGCAAACCAAGCCAAGGCUCAAGAGGAUGCCGAGAGGCUGAGGAAGGAGGCCGAGUUUGAAGCCGCAAAGCGAGCGCAGGCUGAAGCCGCCGCCCUCAAGCAGAAACAGCAAGCUGACACCGAGAUGGCGAAGCACAAAAAGUUAGCCGAGCAAACCCUGAAGCAGAAGUUUCAAGUGGAGCAGGAGCUCACCAAAGUCAGGCUUCAGCUGGAUGAAACGGACAAGCAGAAAUCCCUCCUGGACGGGGAACUGCAGCGGCUGAAGGACGAGGUGGACGAUGCUGUCAAGCAAAGAAGCCAAGUGGAGGAGGAGCUUUUCAAAGUCAAGGUUCAGAUGGAGGAACUGGUCAAGCUGAAAACGAGAAUUGAGGAGGAAAACCAGCGUCUCAUCUUAGAUAACAAGAACAACACGCAGAAGUGUUUCGCUAACGAGGCCGAGAAUUUGAAAAAACUGGCAGAGGAAGCUGCCAGACUAAGUGUGGAGGCCCAAGAGGCGGCACGCUUGAGGCAGAUCGCCGAAGAGGACCUCAACCAGCAACAAGCGCUUGCAGAAAAAAUCCUCAAAGAGAAAAUACAAGCCAUACAGGAAGCCUCCCGACUCCGAGCUGAGGCGGAGAUGCUCCAGAGACAGAAAGACCUGGCUCAGGAACAAGCACAGAAGCUUCUGGAGGACAAGCAGCAAAUGCAGCAGCGCCUGGAGGAGGAGACGGAGGAAUACCAGCGUUCACUUCAAGCAGAGAGGAAGAGGCAACUAGAAAUCACAACUGAAGCGGAAAAACUCAAGCUCCAGGUCUCUCAGCUGAGUGAAGCUCAGGCAAAAGCCGAAGACGAGGCUAAAAAAUUCAAGAAACAGGCGGAUGCUGUGGCUGCUCGUCUCCAUGAAACGGAGAUCGCCACCAAAGAAAAAAUGACUGCAGUUCAGAGACUGGAAUACGAGAGAGUAAAUUCCAGCAAAGAGGCCGAUGAUUUACGCAAAGCUAUCACAGACCUAGAGAAUGAGAAGGCUAGACUGAAACAGGAGGCUGAGGAACUUCAAAAUAAGUCCAAAGAGAUGGCUGAUGCACAGCAGAAACAAAUGGAGCAUGAGAAGACAUUGCUUCAGCAGACAUUCCUGACUGAAAAAGAGAUGCUGUUACGGAAAGAGAAGCUAAUUGAAGAUGAGAAAAAGAGACUAGAGAGCCAGUUUGAAGAAGAAGUCAGAAAGGCAAAGGCUCUCAAAGAUGAGCAGGAAAGACAGAAACAGCAGAUGGAGGAGGAGAAGAGGAAACUCCAAGCUAACAUGGAUGCAGCCCUUAGUAAGCAAAAAGAGGCAGAGCAAGAAAUGCUGAACAGGCAAAGGGAAAUGCAAGAGCUGGAGAGGAAGAGACUAGAGCAGGAAAAGAUCCUUGCUGAGGAGAAUCAGAAACUGCGUGAGAAGCUGCAACAGCUUGAAGAAGCCCAGAAAGUCCCUGAAAAAGAAGUUAUUGUUGCUGAGACAACAAAGACAGUUUACAAUGGUCAAAACGCUAGUGACAUGGUAGACAGUUUAGACAAGAAACGGGAUCCAUUAUCUUUUGAUGGCAUCCGUGAUAAAGUGCCCGCAAGCAGACUUCACGAGGUUGGUCUUCUGCCCAAGAAAGACUUUGAAAAACUGAAAAAUGGCAAAACAACUGUACAAGACCUUGCUGAGACUGAAAAUCUAAAGAAAAUUCUUAAAGGAAAAAAUGCUGUUGCUGGUGUUUUGUCACCCACUAAUCAAAAGAUGUCAGUCUAUCAAGCAUUAAAAGAGAAGAAGAUUACACCUGGCACAGCCCUGAUCCUUCUUGAGGCACAAGCUGCCACUGGCUAUAUUCUAGACCCCAUCAAGAAUCAGAAACUCUCAGUGAAUGAGGCUGUCAAGGAAGGUGUGAUUGGACCUGAACUACACAACAAAAUGCUCUCAGCUGAGAGGGCUGUCACUGGCUACAAGGAUCCAUACACUGGAGGAAAAGUCUCUGUCUUUGAAGCGAUGAAGAAGGGGCUGAUAGAACAUGACCAGGCCAUUAGAAUCCUCGAGGCCCAGCUUGCCACUGGUGGCAUCGUUGAUCCCAUCAACAGUCACCGCGUACCCAAUGCAACAGCUUGCAAACAAGGGCAGUACGAUGCAGAAAUAAAUAAGAUCAUGGAGAAUCCUUCAGAUGACACAAAAGGAUUCUUUGACCCGAGCACUCAGGAGCCCUUGACCUAUUCUGAGCUAAUGGCAAGAUGCACCACAGACCCUCAGACGAGUAUGUUGCUACUUCCAAUCACAGACAAAGCUGCUCAGUGCUCCAGUAUGUACACAGAAGAAGAGACCAAAGAUGUUUUUAGCAAAACAACGGUCUCUGUACCAUUUGGGAGAUUCAAAGGAAAAACUGUCACAAUAUGGGAGAUAAUAAACUCAGAGUACUUCACUGAAGAUCAGAAAAAGGACCUCCUCCGUCAGUACAGGACUGGCAAAAUCACAAUUGAAAAGAUCAUCAAAAUUGUGAUAACUGUGACUGAAGAGAAAGAGAAGAAGAAUGAAAUCACCUUUGAUGGCCUUAGAGCACCUGUUCCUGCCAGCGAGCUUCUAGAAUCUGCAAUCAUUGAUAAAGAUCUAUACAACAAGUUGAAUCAGGGAAAAAUAACAGUGAAAGAAGUGUCUGAAAUGAGCCCAGUCAGUAAAGCACUGAAGGGCACAAACUGCAUAGCAGGAGUAAUCAUUGACUCAUCCAAGGAAAUAAUGUCCUUCUAUCAAGCCAUGAAGAAGAAAAUGAUGAGGCCUGAGAUUGCCUUGAAAAUGCUUGAAGCACAAGCAGGAACAGGCUAUAUGGUUGACCCUGUUCAAAACAAGAAGUACACAGUUGACGAGGCUGUCAAAGCUGCUGUUGUUGGUCCUGAGUUACAUGAAAAGCUCCUGUCAGCAGAGAGAGCUGUUACAGGUUACAAAGAUCCCUACACUGGAAAAACAGUAUCUCUCUUCCAAGCAAUGAGAAAAGAUCUCAUACCUAAAGAGCAAGGAAUAAGACUGCUUGAUGCUCAAAUGACCACUGGUGGGAUAAUUGACCCAGAGAAGAGCCAUUGUCUUCCUCAUGAUGUGGCUUGCAAAAGAAAUUAUUUUGAUAACGAAAUGAAACAGUCACUCAGCAGCCCAACUGAUGACGCCAAAUGUUUCUUUGACCCAAACACAAAAGAGCAAGUCACAUACUCACAGCUCUUCCAGAGAUGCCUUACCGACAAGAAAAGUGGUCUGCAACUUCUUCCUUUGUCAGAUGAAGCAAUCAAUGACAAGGAGGAAUCAACAUACACUGAAGCUCAAACAAAAGAGGCUAUGACUCAGGCAACUGUGGAACUUGAAUCUGGACCAUUUAAGGGCAGGAAAAUGACCCUCUGGGAAAUUAUAAACUCAGAGUAUUUCACUGAGGAACAGAGACUUGACCUACUAAGACAGUUUAGGUCUGGAAAGCUCACAAUUGAAAAGAUAAUCAAAAUUAUUAUCACAGUUGUCAAUGAGAAAGAGGCCAAGAAACGGGAAGAGUCCAGUUUUAAGGGACUUAGAGAUCUUGUCCCAGCAGACUCUCUGUAUGAUUCCAAAAUCAUUGAUAAACCAACAUUUGAUCGCAUUCAACAAGGCAAAACAACACCUAAACAGGUCAGCGAGAAUCCCAAAGUCAGCAGUUACCUUCAGGGAACAGAGUGCAUUGCUGGUAUUUACCUUGAACCAACUAAAGAGAAAACAAGCAUUUACCAAGCAAUGAAGAAAAAGAUCAUCAGACACAACACAGGCAUUUCACUGCUUGAGGCUCAAGCUGCAAGUGGGUUUAUUGUAGAUCCAGUGAGAAAUCAAUGUCUAACAGUAGAUGAAGCAGUGAAAUCAGGCCUUGUUGGCCCUGAGCUGCAUGAAAAACUUCUCUCUGCAGAGAAAGCUGUCACUGGUUACAAGGACCCAUUUACAGGACAGAAAAUCUCCCUCUUUGAAGCAAUGCAAAAAGAUCUCAUUCUUAAAGAACAUGCCAUGCCCAUGCUGGAAGCACAGAUGGUCAGUGGAGGAAUCAUUGACCCUGUAAACAGUCAUCGUGUACCCAUUGAUGUUGCAUGCCAGAAAAAUCUUUUCAGCAGAGAAAUUGCUAAGACCUUGUCUGAACCAUCUGAAGACAACAAGGCUUUCUCAGAUCCAGAAACCGAUGAGAAUGUAACCUACAAGCAGCUCAAAGACAAAUGCCAGAGAGAUAAAGACACAGGUCUGUACAUUCUUCCACUUUCAAAGCCCCAGUCUCCAACUGUGGUAGAGAAGACAUACCUCUAUACAGAAGAACAAACACAAAGUGAUCUGGCCAAUACCCAAAUUGACAUUCCAAUUGAAGGCCUUUCUGACAAACCAAUGAGUCUCUGGGAUGUUGUAAAUUCAAAUUUACUUCCAGAGCAAGAGAGGCAAAGACUCAUGGAUGAAUACCGUUCAGGUAAAAUCACUAAAGAACGGAUGAUCAUCAUCAUUAUUGAGAUAAUGGAACAAAGAGAGAUCAUCCGAAAUGACAACCCACAGACUUAUCAGUUUAUAAGACGAAGGAUAACAAUCGAAGAGCUCUACAACGCACGCAUUAUCGACCUGGAGACAUACAACCUCCUUAAACAGGGAAAGAGAAACAUCCGUGACAUCAUGGAGCUAAGCAGUGUAAAACAGUAUCUCUAUGGCACAGGCUGUGUUGCUGGAGUCACAACAGACUUGAGUUCAAGGAUAAGCAUAUACCAAGCAAUGAAAAGAGGUUUCCUUAACCCAGAAAUAGGUCUUAGCCUCCUUGAAGCACAAGCAGCGACAGGAUUUAUUGUUGACCCAAUUAAGAAUGAGACGCUGACUGUGGAUGAAGCUGUUCGCAAGGGUGUUGUUGGACCUGAAAUCCAUGACAAACUUCUUUCAGCUGAAAGAGCUGUCACAGGUUACAAAGAUCCAUAUAGUGGCAAAGUCAUCUCACUCUUCCAAGCAAUGAAGAAGGAUCUUGUUCCUGAAGACUAUGCUCUGAAAAUGCUUGAGGCACAAACGGCUACUGGUGGAAUAAUUGAUCCAGAAUUCCAGUUCCACUUACCUGCAGACAUUGCCUUGCAAAGAGGUUAUAUCAAUAAGGAGAUCAAUGAGAAGUUGACUGAUGACGUUAAAGGUUUUGUUGAUCCUGUCACAGAUGAGAAAGUGUCAUAUGGAGAAUUGCUCAAGAGAUGCAAACUAGAUAAUGGAUUGCGCCUUCUGUCUUUGGGAGACAAGAGACUGACUUUUAAAGGUCUAAGAAAACAGAUCACAAUGGAGGAGUUGAUUCGUUCACAAAUCAUUGACCAACAGACUGUUAUCGAUUUAAAUGAAGGCCUCCUAUCUGUGGAAGAGGUUAGCAACAGACUUUCAAGGUAUCUCCAGGGAACAGGCUGCAUUGCUGGUGUAUUUUUGGAGUCCACAAAAGAACGUUUAUCUAUAUACCAGGCCAUGAAGAGGAACAUGAUUAGGCCAGGAACUGCUUUUGAACUUCUUGAGGCCCAGGCAGCUACUGGAUAUGUGAUAGAUCCAAUCAAGAAUCUUAAGCUGACUGUCAAUGAAGCUGUAAAGAUGGGAAUAGUGGGACCAGAGUUUAAAGACAAACUUCUCUCUGCUGAAAGGGCAGUGACUGGAUACAGAGAUCCUUACUCAGGCAAAACAAUCUCCCUAUUUCAGGCAAUGAAAAAGGGCCUCAUCUUGAAAGAUCAUGGUAUCCGUCUACUUGAAGCCCAGAUUGCCACAGGUGGAAUCAUUGACCCUGAAGAAAGUCAUCGACUUCCUGUUGAGGUGGCUUACAAUCGUGGAUUCUUUGAUGAAGAAAUGAAUGAAAUCCUGUCAGACCCAUCUGAUGACACCAAAGGGUUCUUUGAUCCCAACACUGAAGAAAAUCUAACGUACCUUCAGCUGAUGGAGAGGUGUAUCAGUGAUGCUGAUACUGGCCUGGUGCUCCUUCUACUAAAACAAAAAAGUCGGGAAAGGAAAACUUCCUCCAAAUCCUCAGUUCGCAAACGCAGAGUUGUCAUUGUAGAUCCAGAAACAGGCAAAGAAAUGACUGUAUAUGAGGCCUACAGAAAUGGGCUAAUUGACCACCAAACCUAUUUGGAGCUUUCUGAGCAGGAGUGUGAAUGGGAAGAAAUAACAAUGACCUCUUCUGAUGGCUCUGUGAAGUCCCUAAUUAUUGACAGAAAGUCAGGCAGACAAUAUGAUGUGGAUGACGCUAUUUCACGUGGACUUAUUGACCAGCAUGCCCUUAAUACAUACAGAUCUGGAAAUCUGUCCAUCACAGAGUUUGCUGAUAUGCUUUCUGGAAGUAUGGGUGGUUUCCGUUCACGUUCUUCCUCAUUUGGAUCAACCACAGGUUCCUCCUACUCCUCUACCAUGAGCCCCAUACCCUCUGUGAAACCACCUGCAGUCAUUUGGAAUGACCCAACAGAGGUGACUGUACCCAUUGCAGGAAUAUUGGAUAUAGACACACUAGAGAAAGUUUCUGUCACAGAAGCAAUGCACAGAAACCUGGUUGAUAACAUCACUGGCCAAAGACUAUUAGAGGCCCAAGCCUGUACAGGAGGUAUUAUUGACCCCAAUAGUGGAGAAAGAUUCACAGUUGCUGAAGCUACAGAAAAAGGCUUGGUGGAUAAAGUCAUGGUUGAUCGCCUUAACCUUGCCCAGAAGGCUUUUCAUGGAUUUGAAGACCCAAGAACUAAAAUAAAGAUGUCUGCUUCCCAGGCCCUCAAGAAGGGCUGGCUGUAUUAUGAAGCUGGCCAGCGUUUCCUAGAGAUUCAGUAUUUGACUGGUGGACUUAUUGAACCGGAGGUCGAGGGCAGAGUGCCCUUAGAUGAGUCUAUCAGAAAGGGAACCAUUGAUGCCCGUGCUGCCCAGAAAUUAAGAGAUAUCAGUGCCUAUUCAAAAUAUCUUACAUGUCCAAAAACCAAACUGAAAAUCUCAUUCAAAGAUGCCAUGGACAAAAGCAUGGUUGAGGAAGGGACUGGGCUAAGGCUCCUGGAAGCCUCUUCACAGUCUACCAAAGGCCUCUACAGUCCCUACAAUGCCAGCGGCUCUGGAUCUGCUUACGGCUCUCGAAGUGGCUCAAGGACUGGAUCCAGAACAGGGUCCAGAAGAGGAAGCUUUGACGCUGGCCCAGGCUUUAGCAUGAACUUAUCAUCCUCGACAUUCACAUCCUCAUCUAGCUACACCCGCAGAUUAAGAGAAGCCGAGGAGCUGAGCCAAUGGCAGUGUGAGUUCAGAGGUCAGAUCCGAGCGCUGAGGCAGUGGCUGUCGUGUAUGGAGAUGAGGCUGCCUCCUUUGGAUUCCAGGACGUGUACUGAGGUGGUCCUCAUCAGCCCCUGCAGAGACUUCUUUAGGGGAACAGAGGCUGGGGAAUCGGGCUUCAUUGUGCCUGGCCCGGCCAGCCAGGCUGCAGAACUGCUUGGCACUGGAGGCCCUUCUGCACACAUGAUCGAACAGACUGAAAAGACAUCAGAGCCAGAUGGGAGGAGAAAUAUGGGUAACCUCAUGAGCCGGCCCAGCUGCCUGGGCCAAAAAUCAAAGCAGGUGAGGUCAGACCAAGGAUUUUUGAAGGAGUGCUACCAGCGACGAAAGGAAUGGCAGCCUUCCGAGCAGCAUGGGGAGGCCAAAAGAGAAGAGGAUCUCAAAGAAAAAGUAUCAGAUGAUACCAAGAAGGAUGGUAUUUUGGAAGAAGAAAAGAAAGAACAGGAAGUUGAUCUUACAAGGGAGGAAAGUUGUUACACUCCUCUUUCCGAUAAACCCCUUCACAGCUCUCCUGCCUCUACAAUCAGAAGUAGCAGUACUCUGGAAAAUGCCUGGCACAACAGCCCUUCUCCUAUAAAAACAUCACGAAACGGAACACUGACAAGACGAGCGGUGCUUCCAGAGUAUGCCAGAUCUCCACUGGCAUACCCGGACAAAACCUCUGCAGACAGGAGGGCCAGCUUCCAGAGGAGAGAUUCCAGGGAGGGAAGUCCUUGGUCCUGGAAGACUGUGGCAUCACGUGAGGUCACUGAAGUGACUGAGGUGACUGAGACGGUUGUCACGGAAAUCGUUGAAGUGACAGAAUAUCCAUCAGGAGACAAGGGAGGAAACCCCAUCGUCACCAGAACUGUCAGAGUCCUGAAUGGUGUCGCAGAGGAACUUGCUGAGCUCCAAAAUGAUGGACGCUCAAGUUCGGACCAAGAUUCUAGUCUAGACCGGUGGAGGGAAACAAAGUCGGCCCUGGCAUUGAGGGAUGUGUCCACAGAUACUGAAUCAUUCCUUCAAAACCUGGAUGCUUUGGUUACAUGGGUGCGUGAGAUAGAAGAACUGGAAUCCAGCCAGAAACCCCCAUCGUCAGAGGUCAAAGUGGUGAAAGCACAACUCCAAGAACAAAAGCUCUUACUGCGUCUUCUAACUGACCGAAGACGUAGUAUGGACGCAAUGAUGUUGGAGGGUCCUCGACUGGUGGAAACCCAUCCAGGAGCAGAAGGGGAGCAGACAAAAGUUAAGCUUGCACAUCUAAAAGAAAAGUGGGAAACUCUACAGCUGGAGGCAGAGAGAAGGAGGGUGGCACUGGAGCUCCUUCUGCCCAAAGCUCAGGUGUUCCAGGAUGGAGUAGACGGCUUACAGCAAUGGCUCAUAUCUGUAGAACAGACACUUGCUGAGCUACGGAGUGCAGAAAGAGUGAUGUUGCAUCUCCAAGACGCCACGGACAGAGCGAAGGCUGUUGUUGAUGAAAUUCAAAUUAAAACUGCUGACUUGGGGAAAAUACAGAAGUCAGGUCAAGAUUUAAUGGGAGCAGUUUCAGAGGAAGAAGCCCUGCAGGUACAGGAGAAGAUGGAUGCUCUGCGUAUUCGAUGCUCUGUGCUGAGCCUGAGCAGUCUGGAUGUGCUGCAGAGGCUCCAACAGGCCCUGGAAGCUUCUAGUCGCUGCACCUCCAGCCAGGAGGACCUCCAUCUAUGGCUGGGUCGCAUUGAAAGGGAGCUGUUAGGAGCAGCAGGAGCACAGACGCAUGCUGGAGAUGCUGUCCUUUGUGCAGCCGAAAGACAGAGGCUGGAACAGGCGGUGUUGAAGGAGAUGGCUUGGUUCAAAGACACAACUCUCAGUCUUGAAAAGUUGAAAACUGUCGAUCUGGAUCCAGAACUCAUAGCAGAACAACUCCACGAACAAAAGAUUUUAGCCAUAGAGAUUCUUCAGCACAGAUUCAACAUUGAAAAGAUGAUGAAGAUUUCUGAAAUCUUGAUGACUUAUAAUGAUGAAGGAGAAACUGGAGAUCUACGGACUCCAGUUGAGGCCUUACAGGAGCAAUGCAACACCACGUCAGCCACCAAUGCUCAUGUAGUCCUCCAGCUGGAGCAUGCUCAGUCUCUUCUGGUUCAAUUCUCUGAAGGCCUCACUGAGAUUUCACCAUGGCUGGAAGAAACUCAGGCCCUCAUUGGUCAGCUUUCUCUCAGCACAAUCAGCUAUGAAGCCUUUCGGGAACAGCAAGACCUCUUACAGGGUCUCAGAGAGUCCAUAGCGGAACACAGACCGUUAAUUGCACGCCUUUGUUCUCUGGCAAAACGCCUGUCAGAGCUGAACCCAAGUCAGGGAGACCAGUUCUGUCGCAAGGCAGCCAAAGCUGAGGAGCGACACACAGCCAUCAGAGAGCGAGUCAAGGAGACGGCAAAACUCCUUGAGGACUCCCUGCCACGCUUCACGCAAUUGAAUGAGAGGAUGACUCUUAUCAGAGAGAGUCUGGACCGCCUGCUUAGUCGCAUGCAGACUCCCACUUCCCUGCAAGGUCUUACCCCCAGAAUCCAGGAGCACCUGCAGGACAACAAGCAAACCCUGGUCGAGCUUUCUAAACUGGAGCUGGGCCUCAGCAACGUCAAAACACAAGCAGAGGAAAUGGUUACUAACAGUCAAGAGACAGAAGAUGGAUCCAUCAGCACUGCAAUUCGGGAACGUGUGUCCAGCCUGUCCACGGUGUGGGAUGAGACCUAUCAACAGGCAAAGGAGCAAGAGAGCUGGUUGCUCAAAGUCUUAGAUCUAGCAGUUAAGUUUUGGAGUGAUGUGAGCGAAGUGACGACAGCCCUCAGUGAUGCUCAGCAGGCGGUAUUGGAUCUCAGCUCCAAUCUGACAGACUGUGAGACGAUUCGUCAGAGCCUCGAGUCCAUGCAGUCUUUAAGGGAGGAUAUAGACAGUUUGCAGGGGGAUCUGGACAUCCUUGGAGUUCUAGGAAUGGAUCUGAUGUCAGCAUGUGGAGAUACCGACAAACCGGAUGUCACAAAAAGCCUGGAUGAACUUUAUUGUACAUGGAAUAACUUAAACAACCUUUGGAAUGACAGUCACAAAAAGCUGGAGGAGUCUCUGCAGAGAGCUUUGGAUUAUCAGGAUACUAUGCAGGGUUUGUUUGAGUGGUUGAAAUCAGCUGAGCUGAGGUGCACAGAGGAGUUCAUGGUAGGAACUGAUCUGGAAUCAGUGAAAGAACAGCUCUGCGAUCUUAAGAAUUUUAAGCGGGAACUCUACCAGAAAAAGAUUGAAAUAGAAAGCUUAAACCAUUGCUUUGUGUGCCGGCUGUCGCCAGGCUCAGAGCGACCGGGCUCAGUCUCACCUCUGUGCGACUUCAGGCAGCGCUGGGACAGUUUAGAGUCAGAGACUGUGAACAGACAGCAUCAGUUGGAGAGCGCUCUGCUGGGCCUGGGUCAGUUUCAAAAUACUCUGGAUGAGCUGCAUACCUGGCUUUCGCGCACAGCUGAACAACUGCAGAGUACACAGACAGUCACCAUCGACCUGCAGGCCUGUGAAAUCGAGUUGGCAAAACAUAAGGUGCUGCGGAAUGACGUCAUGUCCCACAUCCGCACGGUUGAGUCUCUCAACCAGGCUGGAGAAAGGCUGCUGGAGGCUGGGUCCGGGGACAGUCCACAUGGGCUGCAGGCUCAGCUGGAGCUCCUGAACGAAAGCUGGGAGUUUGUACGCUGUGAGACUGACCGCCGACAACUGGAGUUAGAGAACAGACUGAGUCAGGUGCAAGAUGUUACAAUGGAGAUCCAGGAUUUAUUACAGUGGCUGGAGAACACAGACCUGAGAUUGUCCUCCAAAACCAUGUGGGGAAUGCCAGAUUCUGCAAGUGAAAGACUUAAUGCUCACCUGGAGUUGUGCAGUGAGAUGGAAUCAAAGCUGUACUCCUACACAGAUGUGAGGAAUUCAGUUCACAGGAUGCUGGAGAGCAGUUUUGUUGUUCGGGGAUCCAGCACAGAACACAGCUUGUCCAUUCUGGAACAGAAAUGGACUUCGGUUUACAACAAAGUGCAGGAGCGGAAGGCUAAGCUUACGGAAGGGCUGAGUCUCGCCAAGGAGUUUCACAGCAGCGUCCAAGAAAUUCUUACAAAGAUGAGUAAAUGUGAAGAGUCCAUGCGGAUUCUUCCUGUUCCCAGUUUUGUUCUGGAUACAGUUUGCACACAGCUUCAACUUCACAAGUUACUGGUUAACGAAGUGAAUGGAUUUGGUGAAAAGAAGACCUCACUGAAGAGUGCAGGCCACAGGCUGACAGAGUUGAGCAGGAAGGAGGACUGUGAUGUCAUUCAUAACCUGAUCAUGACCGUCCAAGAUCGAUACAAAAAGCUGCAGCAGCAAAUCUCUGAAAGAGGCAGGAUGCUGGAGGAUGUCAGAAAGAACGCCAAACAGUUUAAUGAAUCUUGGCGCCUUCUCUUGGACUGGAUGACAGAAGUAGAGCAGACAUUAGAUACCCAUAAAGAGAUUGCUGUCUCCCAUGAGGAGAUCAAGCAGCAGCUCACUGAACAGAAGGAGUUUCAAAAGCUUUUGAGAUCAAAGAGGCCAAUGUAUGAGGCCACAAUGAAGAGUGGCCGCAGCCUCCACGAAAAAGCUCAGUUUGACCAAGACAGGCAGCAUCUGGAGAACCAGCUGGCUGAACUGAAGGACACAUGGGACACCAUCAGUGGGAAAUCCAUGGAGAGGCAACAUAAACUGGAGGAAGCAUUGCUGUUCUCAGGACGGUUCACUGAUGCCCUGCAGGCUUUGAAUGACUGGUUGUACAGAGCUGAGCCCCAACUUGCUGAAGAUGUUCCUGUGGGUGGAGACAAGGACACUGUCAACAACCUCAUAGACAAACACAAGGCUUUUCAGAAGGAGUUGGGGAAACGGGCUGGACGCAUUAGGACUCUGAAGCGCUCUGUCCGAGAUCUGACAAGGAGCAGCACAGCAGAUGCUCACUGGCUGCAGGAGCAGAUGGAUGAACUGGAUGGCCGCUGGGAGGUUGUUUGCAAACUAUCAGUCAGCAAACAGGACAGGCUGGAGGCUGCACUUCAACAGGCUGAGAAGUUUGAUGGCCUCGUUCACACUUUCAUGGAACAUCUCACUAAGGCAGAGCGGAUCCUCAAGUAUGGGGUCAUUCCAGAAGAGGAGGACAGUUUGCUUGCCUUCCGCAAAGAACAUGAGGACUCACUGCACGACCUGCAGGCUCAAGCUGGGGAGUUAGAGAAGAUCCAGUGUCUGGGAGAGGAGAUUCUGUCCUCCUGUCACCCAGACUCAAUAAUUACCCUCAAAUCUUGGAUGAGUGUCACUAAAACUCGCUACGAAGAGGUUCACACCUGGGCCCAGCAGCAGGGCCAAAAGAUCCAGACCAGCUUGGCAUCACUGGAGGCAGAGAAAGAGGAAGUCCAGAGGCUCCUGGACUGGAUUUCCUCUGCAGAGGAAGCUCUUCACCUCAGAGAUCAAGAGUCUUUACCCGAAACUACAGAGCAAAAUCUCUCACUUAUUGAGCAGCACAUGAUUUUCAUGGAGGAAUUCCACAAAAAGUUCCCAGAAGUUGAACAUGCCACAAAGUCUUGCAAACACAAGAGCGUGCCAAAGCAUCACAUUUCCCCAAGCAAGCGCCCAUUCACAAAAAGGCGGAGUGCAAUGAAGUUGCCUCCGGUUGUAUCUGUCCCCCUGGACCACCUUGACCCACAAACUCCACAGCUGAGUCAGCUGAUUAGCCAGUGGCAGAAACUAUGGCAUCAUGGAGUGGAAAGGAAAAACCGAUUAGAGCAACACCAGCAGAUGCUGAAAGAGAUGGAGGAGUUUGCCAACUUUGACUUCAACAUUUGGCGAAAGCGAUACAUUCAGUGGAUUAGUCACAUGAAGUCUCGGAUCUUAGAUGUGUUCCGCUGCAUCGACAGGGAUCAGGAUGGACGGAUUAGUCAGAAAGAGUUUGUUGACUAUGUCCUUGCUUCAAAGUUUCCAACCAAUUCCUUGGAGAUGAAUGCCGUGGCAAACAUUUUUGACACAAAUGCUGAUGGUUUUAUUGACUAUUAUGAGUUUCUGAGUGCGCUCCAUCCCAGUAGGGACCCCUACAGAAAAACACUGGAUGCAGAUCAGAUCAAUGAAGAGGUCAGUCGACAGGUAUCACAGUGUAGCUGCCCAAAAAGAUUCCAAGUAGAGCAAAUAAGUGCAAACAGAUACAGAUUUGGAGAUUCCCAGCAGCUGCGGAUGGUUCGGAUCCUCCGUAGCACAUUGAUGGUCAGAGUUGGAGGAGGUUGGACUGCUUUGGAUGAGUUUUUGGUCAAGAAUGAUCCCUGCAGAGUAAAAGGUCGGACUAACCUGAAAAUCAAAGAGAAGUACCUAUCACCAGCAGGAAGCACCACCAAGGGUUUAACUGUGAGCAGGUCUAACUCCAGCCUCAGCCUCUACAGCAGUGCCUCUGCCCCCACCAGCCCCAAGACAUGCAAGGCGUUGCUCCGCAGGAGUUUCUCAGGUGACCGGUCCAUUCGUCCCAGGAGCUCCAUAGCUGCUCUGGGAUCCGAUCUGCAUUUUGUCACUGCAGGGGAGAACAACUCACCCUCACCCUCAGACGAGGCAGACAGAUUGCCCACGUGAGUAGCUCUGCUUCUCUGCACCACUUCUGCUGCUGAAUUUAACCCAACAAAGCCUUGGAGCACUGAAAUCAGGAGACAAGCAGGACAAAAACAUUCAAGUCUAAAGAGCGAUGUACUGUCUGACCAGGUGAAACUUAAGAAGAUACACAACAAGGUUCCGGAAAAGGGGUGGCUUUGUUUGUAUUUUCCAGAAAUGAGACUGAAGGAUUAUUCUCUUUGUGGUUUGUGGAUCAUGACGAGUCAAUUCAUAUUCAAGAUAUAAAGGGCGACUUACUGAUUUUUGAUUCCUUGAUGCCUUCUAUUCAUUUAACUGAUUGCACAGAAAGUAAGAAGCUCUGCAUGGAUCUUUACUGCAUGAAUGCUAGAGCCUUGCUAACAUCUGCUUUGGUUUUGUUCAGCUUUUCUAUUUUAAAAAUAAGCCAAGGCAGUAAUAACCAGACAGUUGUUGUCUAGCCUAAAGAAAAGCAGUUUAGAUUCACUUCCUGUUGUGGUGCUGUGUUGUCUGACAGCCCCACUGGGAAUUCAAAUGACUAUUAACAUUAACAAAAGAAAAAAAAAA